AUGACAGCGAGUGCAUCAAGUAAAAGAAUUCCUAUAACUUCCUACAUAAGACAGAAUGACAACGUAUCUUUCUCGUUCGCUCAAAAUAAGGACACCUUUCAGUCUGGAAUUCUCGGCAACGAGGACACCUAUUUGGAGGGAACGCUGCAUUUAGAUUACGAAAAACCGACUCAGAUCAAUAGAAUCGUCCUCAAUUUAAAAGGAGAGGAAAAAACCAAAUCAUACGAGAACCAAACGCUUUACACCGGCGCCAAACUUCUAGUUAACCGAAACUAUUGCAUUCAGGAUGAAGAGAAAACGAUCACGCAAUUAGACGUUCCGUUCAAGGUUUCACUUCCUCACGGCCUACCAGAAUCCGUCACCAUUUAUGACGACUCUGGAGAGGAAAUUGGAGGAAUCAAUUACGUGCUUGGCGUUAUCGUUGAACGUAAAGGGUUUCUCAAGACGACGCAAAAAGUAAAAAUCAGAUGCCCACUGAAAAAGACGCUAAUUAUGAAUACAACAGCCUACCAACUAUGCGGAAACUGGGGAAAUUUGUUAAAUUAUUCUUUGGAGCUACCUCAGAACAACACGUUUGCUAUCAACUCUUCUGUUUCCAUACCGAUAAAACUAAGGCUUUUUCGUUCGGGAAUCAGCAUUGAAAAGGUUGACGUCACCCUAAAGACAUUUGUUAAUUUCUCGUUCAGCAUACCGCGCAGGGUCUCACGUAAGAUCAAAGAAAUUACCGUAGCGUCGACGACGGUACCACGUCACGAGCUUCAGGAAAAUUAUGGCAAUAGGGAAUACAGUCUAGCCGCGGAGCUAGAUAUUCCACCUGGUACAAAACCCACUAAUACACGUCCCGGAACUUUAAUCCAAAUCAUUCAUCAAUUGUGUAUAAAAUGUCACCUGCGGGGAGCAACCGAUUUUGUGUUAAAAGAACUUAUAACCAUUGCAAAUAUUCGACAACCUCUUGGCUUCGCAAAAACCUUCCAAAAGCAUGUUCCACUGUCUUUAUCUUCGGAUGAACCUAACAAAGCUGUACGAGGGGAAGAAGACGAUUACAUCUACGUGUACGAUCAAAAUAACGAACAGUUUUACAGUUAUGGAAUUUCGUCAGGAUCUGAAUUAGAAUAA